CCCCUGGGCCAUGCAGUCCUCCGGACGCCGGACCCGCCUCUCCACGGCAGGGGCAAGCAGCACAGGCCAAGACUCCAUCUCGAGCAGCCCUUCCAUCUCCGGAGACCUUCGUCUGCUCCACACGAUAGAUAGUGGAGAUCAGCUGCUUUGCUGCCAGUUCAACAACGAUGGGACACGGAUUGCUGCAGGCCUGCGGAAUGGUAUUAUUAAGGUUUAUUCUGUCAGCGAUGGAUCCCUGGUACAUGUUCUCACAGAUCAAGAUAUUGCCACCUCAGGGCUGCCUGUCACCUCCAUGCGCUUCAUGCCCCGUGGUCCUGCUCACAAUGGAGACGUGCUGCUUGCCACCUAUUCCGGUGGGACAGUAAAGCUAUGGCACGUGUCUUCCCGCACCUGUGUCCGCACUAUGAAGGAGAACCGCCAGACGAUGGUUGCCACCUUCAACCCCUCUGGCUCCAGGUUCCUCACAGGUGGAGCAGGACCUGGGAUUAACAUGUAUGAUACUCAGACAUGGGAUAACCUGGGAAUUUUUCAGUCAAGCGAUAACCCAAACACGGUGGAUGGGCACUGGUCCCGAGUUUAUGCCCUGACUUUCUUCCCAGAAAAUGAUGAGCGUUUUGUCUCCGGAGGAUGGGACAACACAGUACAGUUCUGGAACAUUCAGCAACCACAUUCCCAACGGCGUCUCUCUGGGCCCCACGUCUGUGGUGAUGCAGUCUCAAUUGACAAAACUGGAACCCAAGUCCUUACAGGUUCCUGGAGGAGGAACGACACCUUGCAGAUCUGGGAUGCUGAAACUGGGAUCAAGCUCUUGGACAUCCCAGAAGACUUCCGGGGUCGUUCACAGAUUUACACCUGCCACUUCCUUGGCAAUGACCACAUUAUAGCCGGAGGGAGUCGGAGCAACCUAUGUCGGCUCAUUGACAAGCGAAUCCUCAUGAGCACAGGAGUACUGAACGACUUGCCUGGGGGCGUCUACAGCACCCAUGUCAGCAACCGUGGAGUCCUUGGCACCACCUCCAGCAACCUGAUUUAUCUCUCACAGACUCCAGUUCGACCAUGAACCCUCCCUUCAGAUGGCUCAGUAUGGGAAUCUUGCUGCUGCCAAGAGAAAUGCCACCAGUCUCUUCCAAUCAUGCUUCUCUUCUAAGAAUUCUCACCAGCCCAGCUGUGGUUUCCAAGGAGCCUCAGCGCCUCUCAAAAGCUUCCCAUCAUGCUUUGCUGUAAGCCAUUGCUGAAGGUCACUGCUGCUGGUUUGCCUGCUGUCCUCCCAUAAUGCUCUAAUAUCUACAGACAGACACUUUCAUAUCAUGGUUUGCCACUAGAGAUUUAUGCCAGACUCGAUGUGGCCUUCUAGCAUGCUUUGCUGAUGUCAGUACCUUCUCAUCAUGCUCUUCUUCCAGGGCAUGCCACAGUGCCUCAAGUCUUCCCAUCAACUGCUUGCGCAAAUGCCUUUGCUUUUGGAUUUGCCAGCAGCGGCUCUGACUAUUUCAGUGUUCCAUCUUUCCAUGAACAGUGUCCUCUAAUCUUUGCUGCAGGGAAUUGUGGCUUACCUCAAUAACUCCCUGAGGUGUCACAUACCUCCCCUUCCCAUCAUCCUCUGCUGAAGAUGCAGCCAGCCCUAUCAUGCCCUUGUGGAAGACCUCCAUUUUCGCUGGCUGUUGCUUCCUCUAUUGUGGAGAAUCAUGAUGACGUAACAUGAAUGACCAGUUCCAUCUUCUUCUGAAGCCAGACUUGCUUUCCAAUCACAUUUGGAAGAGUAGCCCUUGGUAGUUCUUCGCAAAUUUGCCAUUACUGUCCAGGGGGGUUAUGGUGGCAAAUACUUCUCUCAUUCUCUCCCCCCCCCUCUCUCCAUACCAGCUUGACUGCUUUAAUAACCUGGCUUGGUGCCAAAUUAAACCAUCUUGGCUGGA